AUGACUAGUCCUACCAAUGGACAGCCUCUCCGAAUUGCCAUCAUUGGUGGUGGUAUCGCGGGUGUCACGCUACUCCUCGCCCUGCUGAAGCACACCUCACGCGAAACCAUCUCGCCACACCUCUAUGAAGCCACUCCCGAAUUCUCCGAAAUCGGCGCGGGUAUUGCCUUUGGCUCCAACUCCAUCCGCGCCAUGGAGUUGAUCGACCGCGACAUGGCGGCUGCCUAUAACAAACAUGCGACGUUUCAACCGGACACAGGCGCCUUGGAAAAAAAGCUGUGGUCCAGCUACCGGAUGGGAAUGGACGGGCGGGGGGCGUCAAACACUCUCAAGGCGGGGGACUAUCUCCACGAGGUACAUGCCGCCGUGGCGAGGAGCAGUGUUCAUCGCGCACGAUUUCUCGAGGCGAUGACGGCGUUGCUCCCGGCGGAGAAUGAAUGCGUGAGUUUCGGCAAGCGGUUGGUUUCGAUCGACGAGGUGGAAGAUGGCGUCACAGUGCACUUUGCAGAUGGAACUUCCGUCGCUGCUGAUGCAGUUAUAGGCUGCGAUGGGAUCAAAUCACGAGUACGGCAGAUCCUCCUCGAUGGGGAGGAAGCGGCCAAUGCCAUUUUCACCGGCAAAUAUGCUUAUCGCGGGUUAAUCCCGAUGGAUGAAGCCGUGCAGGCGCUGGGGGAAUAUACUGCGCGCAACAACCAUUUCCACUGGGGCUACGACGGCCAUCUUCUGACGUUCCCGAUCGAACAUGGCAAGACGAUGAAUGUGGUAGCCUUCCGGACGAAGCAGAAUGGCGUCUGGGAACACGGAUCGCAGUGGGUGCUACCGGGGAACAAGGAACAGAUGUUGCAGGACUUUGAGGAAUGGGGACAGGAUGUCAAGGCGAUUCUAUCCUUGAUGCGAAAUGCAGAUAUUUGGGCCAUGUUCGAUCAUCCUUCUGCGCGCACGUAUCAUCGAGGGGGGCGCAUCUGUAUUAUGGGAGAUGCAGCUCACGCGAGCACCCCUCACCAGGGGGCUGGUGCCGGAAUGGCAGUGGAGGAUGUCUAUGUUUUGUCCCGACUGCUGGGGGAGGUCCACGAGCGAAGCCAAUUGGAAAAGGCAUUUGCGGCAUAUGAUGCGGUGCGACGGCCCCGGACACAGAAGCUGGUACGCACGAGUCGGGAUGCGGGACAGUUGUACCAAUGCCAGAAGGAGGGGGUAAAGGAUGAUGUGGAGAAGAUCCGGGCGAACCUGGAUGAGCGGAUGCGGUGGAUCUGGGAUUUGGACGUGGAGCAGCACUUGAAGGAGGCAAUGAGUGUGUUUCGGCAGUGUGAUAUAUGA